UGGAGCCCCGGACUUACCUAGCACUUCAAUAAAAUAGCCUAGGUUCUACACGGACUUUUUACGCGGAGGCACAUGCAACCCAUACCCAUACCUAGAACUCCAUACCAACGUCUCUGACAUACCGCGGUUUCUUUGACUGGGUCUCAGUUACUAGGUAUAGCUCUGCCGAUUAACUAGGGUCCAUUUCUUUCCCUCCCUCCCUCUAUCCUAUUCUAUUCUUUAGAAUUCGACUCUUCCUGAGACAAACACAAUUGUCAUGUUGAGUUCGUUAGCAAAGAGUCGGGCACAGGCGACCGCUCUCAGACUUCCUCUAGCUAGGCAAGCUUUAGCACCCAAUAGUAGUAUAUUGAUGGCGCCGGCAUCGAGACGGAGCAAUAGCUCCCUUCGCCCAGGAUAUGAAGAAGACAAGUCUAAAGGAGCCAUGCUCCGAUUCCAAGAGUCACUCCCCCGAUUACCAGUUCCGACGCUCGAAGAGACUGCCGCUCGCUACGUAAAAAGCCUCCACCCUAUCUUAAGCCCCGUCGAGUACGCCGCAAGCAAGAAAGCCGUUGACGAAUUCAUAAAACCCGGUGGCGUGGGACAAAAGUUACAAGAAAAGUUGCUUGCGCGCCGUGAGAACCCCAAGAUAAAGAACUGGAUUUACGAUUGGUGGAACGACUCAGCAUAUCUGAGUUACCGAGACCCCGUAGUCCCAUACGUUAGUUACUUCUACUCGCACCGAGAUGACCGUAGGAGACGGAACCCCGCGAAGCGCGCUGCUGCUCUAACGACUGCGGCGCUUGAGUUCAAGAAGCAGGUGGAUGCUGGCACGCUCGAACCGGAGUACAUGAAGAAGCUACCCAUUUGCAUGGACAGCUAUAAGUGGAUGUUCAACACAAGCCGGGUUCCAGCUAGACCAGCGGACUACCCUGUCAAGUAUGACCCUAGUGAGCACAAGCACAUCGUGGUCCUUCGAAAGAACCAAUUUUUUAAGGUGGCUCAUGAAAUUGACGGGAAGCAACUCAACACGAGUGAGUUGGAAGCGCAAUUCGCACGUAUCUACGAACUUGCGCAUCACGCGCCCGCCGUGGGAGCCCUGACCUCCGAAAACCGAGACAUCUGGACAGAUGCGCGCAAGGUGCUCUUGGACGCUUCGCCUAAGAACAAGGCUGCGCUAGAAGCCAUUGAGUCUGCCUCUUUCCUCGUAUGCCUCGAUGACGCCGCGCCGGUCACCCUUGAGGAGCGUGCGCACCAAUACUGGCACGGUGAUGGCCAAAACCGCUGGUACGACAAGCCUCUUCAGUUUGUCGUGAACGAUAACGGCACAUCUGGUUUCCUGGGCGAGCAUAGCAUGAUGGACGGCACGCCCACGCAACGCCUAAACGACUACGUUAACGACGUUAUCUUCGGCAACAAGCUCGACUUCAGCGAUCCGUCAGUGCGAUCCAACCUUCCCGAGCCCAUCCCGAUCAACUUCGAAGUUACCAAAGAGGUGCAAGAAGAAAUUGACCGUGCGAUUCGGGAUUUCAACGACGUCAUUGGACAACACGAGCUUGCAGUCCAGGCCUACCAAGCCUACGGCAAGGGGUUAAUCAAGAAAUUCAAAUUCUCGCCCGAUGGAUACGUGCAGCAGGUUAUUCAACUAGCUUACCACAAGAUGUACGGUAAGAACCGACCAACCUACGAGUCCGCUGCGACGCGCCGCUUCCAACAAGGUCGCACGGAGACAUGUCGCUCAGUGUCAGAUGAAAGCGUCGCAUUCUGCAACGCGAUGGCCGAUCCCGAGGUUUCGGCUUCGGACCGAAUUGAACUAUUCCGCAAGGCAGUCGCCGCUCACAUUGAGUAUAUAUCGGCGGCUUCCGACGGUAAGGGUGUCGAUCGUCAUCUCUUCGGUCUUAAAAAAUUGCUUGAGCCCGGCGAGGAGCUACCCGCUCUCUACAAGGACCCAGCUUACGGCUACAGCAGUUCUUGGUUCCUGUCUACUAGCCAACUGAGCUCCGAGUUCUUCAAUGGGUAUGGUUGGAGUCAGGUUAUUGAUGCUGGGUUCGGUAUUGCGUAUAUGAUUAAUGAGAAUAGUCUCAACUUCAACAUUGUAUCCAAGGGCCUUGGUAGUCAGAAGAUGAGCUACUACCUCAAUGAAGCCGCGAAUGAACUUCGUGACUUGCUCCUACCUACACUGGAAGCGCCGAAGGCGAAGUUGUAAGGGUAGAUGGGCAAAUCCUUUGCUUUGGUACAUUGGGUGUCGAUGUAGAGGGGAGGAAUCCCCAUAUCUCCUGCUACAUAUAGCUAUAUUAUGACUCGCUGUCGUUGGUACAAGCCAUAUGCUCUAUGGUCUCAAGGUUCUUUCUAGGUUUUUGGGUCGUUAUCAUUAGAAUUUUCCAAAGCAUGAGAUCGGAGUUGGUGGAUAACGAGUACAGCUUGGCAAGUA